UCGGAAUGGCCUAGAGAUUGUGUAGUGAUCCUAUCGACAAAAGAAAACAAAUUUUGCCCCGUAUUCGGCGUCAAUUGUGUGUUCUAGCCGCUCAAAGAUUCGUAAUGUCGGCCUGUGGAAAUGUCGUGUGUAAGAUCGGUCCAUCGAUCCUCAAUGUGGACCUUUCUAACUUAGCGGAGGAGUGCCAACGACUUUUGUCAUACGGAGCCGACUAUCUUCACCUCGAUGUCAUGGAUGGCCACUUUGUACCCAAUCUCACCUUCGGCCACCCAGUUGUCAAGUGUCUUCGUGGCAAAGUUCCUAAGGCGUUUUUCGACAUGCACAUGAUGGUAGCGAAACCUGAGCAGUGGGUUACUUCUAUGGCUGACGCAGGAGCAGAUCAAUAUACAUUUCACUUAGAGGCUACGAAUGACGCACUUGGACUCAUCCGAGCCAUUCGCGAGGCUGGGAUGAAGGUGGGUGUCGCUAUUAAACCAGGCACAAUCGUGAAGGAGAUGGAUUAUGUACUCGAUAAGGUUGACAUGGCGCUUAUUAUGACUGUCGAGCCAGGGUUUGGAGGACAGAGCUUUAUGCCCGACAUGAUGCCAAAGGUUGAAUACAUUCGAAAGCAUUACCCGACAUUGGAUAUUGAAGUAGAUGGCGGAGUGGGCCUUUCGACGAUUGAUGCCUGCGCUCGCGCGGGCGCCAACAUGAUUGUAAGCGGUACAGCAGUCACCCGAAGCCCAGAACCGGAAAAAGUUAUCACAGCCCUUCGUGCUGCUGUAGUUAAAAAUCUUUGAAUUGCUAAUUCGCAGCUAAGUCAUCAGCUCAGCAUAUAUGGCAAUACAUGUAUUAGUUUACAUGCAGGACUUUCUUGCAGCGUAGGGCUGAGAAAGACAUCUGGAGAGGGCAAGAAGUUCUCAUGUAAUAUAUACGCAUGGU